AUGUUAUUAUCAAUUUAUAAUCCCACAUUAUCAAAAAAUGAUCAACAUACAUUAACUUGUAUGUAUACAUAUAAAAAACAUGGCUAUUCAAUGAAAUCAGCUUUUGUUUGGGGUGAAUCUGCAUUAAAAUUAUAUAUUACAGCAACAGAUGCAAACAAUAUUUUAUUACAAGCAUCAAAAUUAGAACAGAUAAUAAAUUUAUUAGAUGAUAAAAUGAUGAUGAGAUCAAUUUUAUUUUAUCCCGUACAAAGAAGAUUAAGGGCAAUUGAACCACAGGCAUAUGAAGAAGGUGAUCAAAUUUAUGAUCCUGUUUAUUUAACACCCGUAUUUUAUCAUUCACUGAGACCAGGUAAAGAAUAA